AUGGAAUCCACCGGAAUCCCCAAAUCCCCUUUGGGCUUGGAGCUCACCAUCGCCACCCCGGCCUCCUCCGGCUCCAAUGGUGGUAACGGGUCAAACAUGGAGAACGCGAGGGAGCUGGCCCUCCUAGACAUGAUCAGCCAACCGGCGAGCGGCGGCGGACAAGAGGAUGAUGUGCAUAUGAGCGGCGUGGAGCUAGAGAUCAUGGAGCUAGGUCAAGAGGAGAUGGGGGCCGCCGCCGGGCCGUCGUCCCAACCCCGCACGUACAUGCGGCUCUCCCAGGAGCAGCAUGACGAGCUGGAAGCAACAUUUCAGCAAAACCAGUUCCCAGACAAGAGGACGAAGGAUGACUUGGCUGAGAGACUCAAGGUGACACCGAAGCAGUUGCGAGCCUGGUUUGUGAACCGUAGAUCAAGGCUGAAGAAGCAGCAGACGAUCGAGGAGACUCGGAAGCAAUUCGAGUCAUUUGCCAAGGAAAGGCGCCGCCUCCGGCGCAAGAUUAAGAAGCUCAAGGAGCUCAACAAGAAGCUCAAAGCAACGCAUAUGUCAGCAAUUCUGAGAUGCUACGGCAACUUCACUGAUGAUGGGAUUUACAAGAUUGGUGUUUGUUUCUUCCUUCCUUUUGAACUUAUGUCGAUCGAGGUCCAGCUUUAG